AAGAUUUUUGGGUCUUAUCCUUGCAGUUCGUGAAAUACCCGCUGUGUUCGCCUCCUACUGUGCGAAGCUAAUCCCUCUCUUUCAUUCCUGCGUUUCCCCAUCCUCACGUCCAAUCCUAAGGUACGCAGAAGCUUGCCGCUGGUCCUAACCCCGUCUGUGCCUUCCUUCUUAUCCGAUUAGCUAAGCCCAGAACAACAGGAAAUGGCAUAAUGGUCGGGAUGUGAAACUCUACUACUUGUUCAUAAUGGCAAUAAGAUGUUUGGUGUUGCUAUUGAUAAUGACGAGAGCCCUUUCACAGUCUUUUGAUAUGAAGAAAUUUCUGAGCAGCUAUAGUACUGAAGGAUCUAAUCCUAAGGUCGCUGCUAGACUAUAUAAGCCUCUUAUCACAGAUGAUGGAAGAAUUUACACUUGCUCAGGAAAACAUCUUUUUUCAUUUGAUAGUAAUGGCACAGUUGUCUGGAUUAUCCCCCUAGGUUAUUUAUCAAAUGCUGAAAUUUCUCCAGUUGUUGAUGAUAGAGGGAAGAUCUAUUUGAUUGCUGAGGACAGGAUUUUGAAGGUCACACCUUCAAAUAUUGGCAACUUAAAGUUUACAUCAGAAGUCAUUUUUGGGCCAAAUUCAACCAUUGGAGGAUCAGGAGAGAUUAUUGGUCUUUCAAUAAGUAUAUUGUAUGCUUCCAUAUUUUUGACUAUUAAGAAUCGGGGACUCUUUGCACUCUCAUUUCAUGGGAAGUUAUUAUGGAGUGCUGGUCCUAUUCUUUAUCGAUUUGGUUAUCGCCAGGGUUGCAAAGAAAACUCAAGGGAUUGUUAUUUUUGUUCAACGCCUGUUGUUGACCAAUGCGAGGGAACCCUCUACAUCCUCAACACCGAGGGACAGCUGUAUUCCUUAUAUAUGCGGACUCACCACUUUAGAUGGGUCCAUGAUUUCAGCUCCAUUGACAAGUUUAUGACAAGUAUACCCGGAAAUAAUGGUCUUCUAUACGUGAUAUUUCCUAGAAAGGCUUCAGUGAUUGCGCUUGAUGUUUAUUCUGGAAAUAUUUUGUGGCAACAGAGUUUUGGUCCUUUGGGUACAGAGCAGAGCUUGCCAGUGGUGGAUUCAAAUGGCUGGUUAUCUAUUGGCUCACUGGAUGGUUAUUUGUACUCCUUCUCACCUACUGGUGAAGUGAAGCAGCUCCUUAAGUCAACUGCAAUUGAUUCAAUCAUCCAAACCAGUCCAGUUCUAGACUGCUCAGGAUUUGCUAUUUAUGUACUGCAAACGAGGGUGAUAGCAAAGUCAAUCCGUGAUAUUGGGAAUUGUACCUACAUUUCAGCAAUGAAGCCAGCAAGCCUUGUGCUCACAAUGUUGACUCCUGCUACAGGGACUGUUUAUUGGACUGGAAAUUAUCCCGGUGAACUGACUAAUUUUCUGUCCAAUAGUGAUCUACGCUAUUUUACAGUAGAUGAAAGGAUCUUUCUCACCUUCCUAUCUUCUUCAAGAACUGGCAAUACUUUGCCAUGCCACACCAUGAGCCAAAUAAAUGCUUGGACCUGCUCACAAGCAAAGCCCAAGUUGGUUAACAUGUAUACAGGCAAUGAGGGAGCAAUCUUGCCUUUUAUCUUCUUUCAGCUUGCAGUGUUAGUUCUGCUAGCUUUCUUUGUCCGCUUCUGCUUCGUAUUUUGGAGGAAGAGAAAGCUCCAAGAGCAUGGUCUCGCGAUGUUCCUUGACAAAAGGAGAUCAUUACACCAUAAAAGGAAGACACUUGGAAGGAUGAUAUGUAAGCUGGAGCAAAGGGAAGAGGAAGACACAGACGCCCAUGAAAAUCUGGACCAAUUGGGAGAGAUGGUUAAUAUAAAGAAGGGGAUCGAACGAAAGCUAUCGACGUCCUACAGUUUGGGCCGUGACACCGUCAUUUCGCAACAAGGAUCAAUUUUGCCAUUAUCUGAUGGCAAGGACAGGAGCCAUUCAUUGCACAGUGCAAGGAAGGAGGAUGUAACUAUGUUUAACACUCUCAGUUCCAGUGAAAGUGGAAGCAGUAGUGAUGAUAGCAUUGAUAGAGAGAGUAGGCAGAGCUGGGGAGAAACUGAACAAGUGGAUAAGGGCAAAGCAGUUGUUGUGGGAAGUUCUUCCUCAACAAGUAAUUUGGAGUCCGAAAAUGACAGUGGGGAGGGAUCACUAGUGUCUUCAUCUAGCUCAAUGGUCUGCAUUAAUCCUAUGUUUUCUAAGCGGUGGAUUGAUGGUUUGGGUAGUGAGGGUGGGCAAGGAGGAAAAUGUGGCUGAAGAGGAGGACGCUAUCUUCAACUAAGAGCAUCUCCAACCGAACUCCAAACAGUUGCUCGCGAGUUCCAGCCGAACAGUAAAACUUCUGUUAUUUGCUUGCGGGUGAACAGUGGGACGCCAAUAUUGGCGUUGCAUUGUUUAUCUUCGCCAUUUUUAGUCUCGGCCGAACUUGGUGAAGAAACGCGUGAGAGAAGAGAACGACAGUUGCCUUCGCAAAAGGGGGCAAAAUGGAGUUCGAUUGGAGAUGAAUCACGACAUUUUUUAGUUUCACGACAUUUUGGAGUGAAAAAUGAGAUUUUCAGUUGGAGAUGCCCUAACUAAAAUCCUAAGCUUUAAAUUCCUUUUUUUUUUUUUCGUUGAUUAGAAACCUAAUGCCUUUAUAGUCUUGUUUUGUUUUUAUAUUUGUUCUCUGUUCUAGCUUCAGUUAAAAUUUAAGUUGUUACCUAUGUUUUGUAGUUAAACCUGUUACUAGAACAUCAUAUGGUACUAAAUUUUAUAUUGAGUAUUAUAAUAAGCCUAAGUCUAACCCUUCAAAGGUUUA